UGCCUGAUGCGUUGACUCACAUCUUUCUCUUUCUGUAUUUGUCGAACUGAGACCCAUGCCUGGACUCAGUCCUGUUUCUACGCAAGGCAGUGAAUGAAGUGAUUAAAGCGCACACGUUACUUUCUAUUAAAGUUGCUUCAGUCUCUGCUUGUCAAAAGAAAGCCUCUUUUCAGGUGGACGAAAGCUUUCUGAUUGAGACUUGGAUUCAGCCUUAAUUGAAACCAUAUGUGUGGAUUUCUGGGACUUUGGCACAUUCCCAGGAAUCCACAGAAUGUGAGGGUUUUUUCCUCCUUCUCUCUCUGCCUCACUCCCUCUCUCUCCCUCCUCUGGUUCUUUUCUUUCUUUUUUUCCACAGUGCAGAGGCGUCUUACAUCAGCCGAGUGAGUCCUGCUGAAGGCAGCUGACAACUGGACGACGGAGGACCGAAGCAUUCAGCCGCCACGCUCCUACUGGAAUAAACUAAACCAAUCUUUGAGCAAAUGGUCUGAAGACAAAGAAAGACAAAAGUUGUGGACGUCUGUCUGUUUUCGUGUGUUCACGAUGAUGAGGCACCUGUCGGACUCUCUCUUCCUCCCGCUCAUCGUCAUCCAGCUGCUGGGAACCGUCACAUCGCAGGUCAACCCAGGUGUGUGUCGGUACGCUCUGGGGAUGUCGAGUAGGCAGAUAUCGGAUGAGGACAUCUCUGCCUCCAGUCAGUGGUCUGAAUCUACCGCUGCCAGAUACGGCAGGUUGGACGGUGAGGAGGGAGAUGGCGCGUGGUGUCCGGAGAUAACUGGUGAGCCAGACCACCUGAAGGAGUUCCUCCAGAUUGACUUGCGUUCGCUCCACUUCAUCACCCUUGUGGGCACCCAGGGCCGUCACGCUGGAGGAAUGGGCAACGAGUUUGCCCAGAUGUACAAGAUUAAGUACAGUCGUGAUGGCAGUCGCUGGAUCUCAUGGAGGAACAGGCAGGGGAAACAGGUGAUUGAGGGCAACAGGAACACGUACGACAUCGCACUCCGGGACAUGCAGCCACCCAUCAUCGCUCGUCUGGUCCGCUUCAUGCCCGUCAUAGACCACUCCAUGAACGUCUGCAUGAGAGUGGAGCUCUACGGCUGCGAGUGGCUCGAUGGCCUGGUUUCAUACAACGCUCCUGCAGGACAACAGAUGAACCUUCCUGCUUAUCCUGUUUACCUCAACGACUCGGUCUACGAUGGAGCCGUCAUCUACAGUAUGACAGAGGGCUUAGGCCAGCUGACCGACGGCGUCUGUGGAGAAGACGAUUUCACUCUCAGCCACGUCCACAACGGAUGGCCCGGGUACGACUACGUAGGCUGGAACAACGACAGCUUCCCCGGUGGAUCCGUCGAGAUCAUGUUUGAGUUUGACCGCAUACGAAACUUCACCUCCAUGAAGGUGCACUGCAACAACAUGUUCUCCCGGCACGUCAAGGCCUUCCAGCAGGUGGUCUGCCACUUCCGCUCCGACUCCGACUGGGAGACGACGCCGCUCGCCUUCAGCCCCGUGGAGGACGAGAAGAAUCCCAGCGCCCGCUUCAUCACCGUCAAGCUGGCCAACCACAUGGCCAGCGCCAUCAAGUGCCAGUUCUACUUUGCUGACGCCUGGAUGCUGUUCAGCGAGAUCACCUUCCAGUCAGAUACAGCCAUGUACAACACAACACCGCCUUCCACACCUAAGCCAGGCACCUCUCCUCCUCCCUCACCAGAAGAUGACCCAACCCAUAAAGUAGAUGACAGCAACACUCGCAUUCUGAUUGGCUGUUUGGUGGCCAUCAUAUUCAUCCUUGUUGCCAUCAUUGUCAUAAUUUUGUGGAGACAGGUGUGGCAGAAGAUGCUGGAGAAGGCCUCUCGUCGGAUCCUGGACGACGAACUGACUGCUAGCUUGUCGAUACAGAGCGAGACGUUCAGCUACAAUCACACCAGCAACCGGCCGGGCACAGCCGGCGAACAGGAGUCUAACUCCACCUAUGAGCGCAUCUUCCCUCUGGGUCCAGACUACCAGGAGCCGUCGCGCCUCAUAUGUAAGCUGCCGGAGUUUCCACAGAACUCAGAGGAGCCUGCUUCGGCCGCCUCUGCAGCUUCAAAGUCCACAACUCAAACUGUGGUGCAGGACGGCGCCCCCCACUACGCAGAGGCAGACAUCGUCAACUUGCAAGGCGUCACCGGAGGUAACACGUAUGCCAUCCCCGCGGUGACGAUGGACCUGUUGUCCGGGAAGGACGUCGUCGUGGAGGAGUUCCCGCGAAAGCUGCUCACAUUUAAGGAGAAGCUGGGAGAGGGCCAGUUUGGAGAGGUGCAUCUUUGUGAAGCAGAGGGAAUGCAGGAGUUUAUAAAUGAAGACUACUUGUUUGACGUCCCAGAGGGCCAGCCGGUGCUAGUGGCUGUGAAGAUGCUCCGUUCAGAUGCCAACAAGAAUGCGAGGAAUGACUUCCUGAAAGAGAUAAAGAUCAUGUCGCGUCUGAAGGACCCCAACAUCAUUCGCCUGCUGGCCGUGUGCAUCUACAGCGACCCGCUCUGCAUGAUCACAGAGUACAUGGAAAAUGGAGACCUCAACCAGUUCCUGUCCCGCCACGAACCCGAGGGACAACUCGCUCUCCUCAGCAACGCAUCUACUGUCAGCUUUGGUGAUCUGUGCUACAUGGCCACCCAGAUAGCCUCGGGGAUGAAGUACCUCUCCUCCCUGAACUUUGUCCAUCGAGACUUGGCCACACGGAACUGCUUGGUGGGGAAAAACUACACGAUAAAGAUAGCUGACUUCGGCAUGAGCAGAAACUUGUACAGCGGCGACUACUACCGCAUCCAGGGCAGAGCGGUGCUGCCCAUACGCUGGAUGUCAUGGGAGAGCAUCCUGCUGGGUAAGUUCACCACGGCGAGUGACGUCUGGGCCUACGCCGUGACACUGUGGGAGAUCCUGAACUUCUGCAAGGAGCAGCCGUACUCCCAGCUCACCGACGAGCAGGUGAUAGAAAACACGGGGGAGUUUUUCAGGGACCAGAAGCGGCAGAUCUACUUGCCUCAACCUGUGCUGUGUCCGGACUCGCUCUACAAGAUCAUGCUGAACUGCUGGAGGAGGAACGCCAAGGAGCGGCCCUCCUUCCAGGAAUUACACAGAGCCCUGUUGGAUUUACAGCCUUAAGCCUGCGUAGUGUUCAAGACACUUUAGAGUCUACGCGCAUCUCUGGAGACAAGGGAUGCCGCAGACACAGUCCAGGUUUAAGCUACGCUCCUAUUCAACAGAGAGACGGGAUGGGAGGCCACCUGCUGGCUCCAAGCUACAUUUUCGGGGACUGAAUACUCUCUCUAAAGGUUGAUCUGUAUUCCAGUUAAUGCAAAAGUUUUAUUUUUAUGAAGCAUAAAUUUAGACAAAGUACUUUAUCACAGUUUGAAAAGAGAGGCACGACCUGUCGGGUGGGUGUGGAGGGAACCAACAUUUAAAUGUAGCAAGAGACAUUUGGCACUUUUAAAACUAAACACUAAAAGUAGGGACGCUUGUGUCUGGACAUUUCUUUCUUUGUUGCAGAAUUGUUCUUGGAAAAAAAAAAACAAAAAAAAAACAAAACAAUCUCAUACCUGUUUAUGUCCUCUACAGUGGUGCCACAUCUGAAAGGAAAACACAUUUAUGGCCAAAGUCACCAAAAUAACCACAUCGUCCAAUUUAAGACAUGACAAGGACGUGCCAGGAUGCUUCAGUGGCAACAUGUCUUGUUUUUUUCAAACCUCCAUUCUCCAAUCCAAUAGAUAACAAAAUAUACUGAAGGGAAGAUUUAACUUGUUUUUUUUUUUGUUUGUUUUGUUUUUGUCUUUUUCAAAGUUCAAUCCCACAAAUUCAUAAUUCUUACAAAUGUGGCCCCCAUUUGAGGUGAAAUAAACAGGCAAUGGAGUAAAAUAAGAUUUGCAGCCAAUGUUCCAGCAUUUUUACAAGAAAGCAACAAUCGGCCAGACAUGAAUUUCCUCACUGUUUCUGUUUGGUUUAUGUGUAAAUCCAAUGUGUAAUAAGUGGUUUAUCUAUCCCAUGUUACAGUGUUGUUUGAAAUACUGCUUUCUUUAUCUUUUCUUUUGGAAGACUGCUUGAAUGUAGAAAGGGAAAGUGCAGAGCCAACGGUUACUUUCAUAUUUUAUUAUAUUUUAAUAGUUUCAUCGUGUUCAGAAAACUUUAUAAGUAAAAAUAACAAUGAGUGCAUUUUUUUUCACCUCCCUGCCAUUUUCCUGAAGUAGUUUUUUACAAGUGUACAUGACUGUGUAUGUCCGAUAGACAUGUUUAAAUUUCAUGUAUCUUUUUUUUUUUUUGUAUCAGUAUUUAUAUAUUGACUUGUGUUUAUGACUUGUUUAUAGAUGUGCGUAAGAGUAUGCGCUCAAACCAGAGCGUCACAUUUGGUUUAUUGCAGCAUUUCUUCUUCUUUGAUUUGUGUAUGUUUUCUUUCUGUUGCAAAAUCUUUAGCGACAUCCUUUUGUCUGCCGUUGAAUAUGCUUUGAAGAAAUCCCAUUGGAACUUCGUGCCGGGUCGUUGUCACGUGCCGUGUGUUGAUUCAAAGCGCGUGUGUGUGUGUGUAGCAGGUGUGAUUAGAGAGACGUUGGUAAGUGUUUUCUGCAGGGAUCCUAGGCAGUCAGGAAAAGAGAAAAGUUUGAUCUAAGUAUUUUCCAGAGGAAAGGCAUGAAAAGGAAAACUCCUUGGGACAUCCAUCCAUUCUUUUUACAAACACAGAAAAGGGUCACAAGUGGAGAAAGGUAGGAAAAUAUCAUGAAAGAUUUACAAUAACUCUAGUUCUAGAUGUCUAUAGCUCUUUCUUGUUGUCAAUGAAGCAGAAAAAAUUUGGAGUUUCACCAUAACAAUGAAUUUUCUUGGAUGGUUGGAAAGGGUACGGUCGAUGAAGAUCAAUUUUAAAUACAUUAGUUUAGAGCUCAUCUUUUACUGGUGCGUCUGGACUUCGUGCUGCAUUUGUCUCAUUGUUUUUCUCUACUUGUUCUUGCUUUAUGUUUUUAACUUUAAACACAAGCCCCAGUCGUCUCACCCGGACCGUGAAAGACAAAUGCGUUUCUUUUUCUGCUUAGCAGGGUAAAAAGAUAAAAGAUAUCGAGCUCAGGUUCAAAUUGAUACACGUUUAUGAGUUUCAUUGCAUUCAUUCUCCUUUCAAUAUUGUUACAAGUGCAAAUAAAAACUAUGCAAAAACAUC